AUGUCCUACAUUGACCCAUCCAUCAAAUACAUUGGAUACACUGGAUGUUACACCGAGCCCAAGCAGGCCGAUCCGUUUGGAGGUAUGGGAGGAGUACCUCACGACGUGUCCAAGAUUGGGACUGGAAUUCAAGUUAUUGGAGUCUCCAAGGACGGCAAACUUUGCUAUAUUGGAGGUAAUGAAACCGGAGGAAGGGUAAAUAUUCAGAAGUCGACUGGUGAAAAACUGGAUGAAGUGGACUAUGAUAGUUUGGGGCUUUCCAAUCCAUCUUAUCUGGAAAUUUCUGAGAGCGACAGUAACGGGAAACGCUACUUGUGCACGGCAAGCGAAGUUGAUAAGGGUGCCAAGAUGUAUUCCUUUGUGGUCGAUCCAACUAAAAAUUCUACCCGUCUAAUCCACCUGUCAACGAUCCCCGUCGAUACCUCGUAUCCGUGCCAUUUCGGUAUGAUAUCUGACCCACUUGGCAGUGAUCAUAAGGACCAAGUCUUGACCGUCAUGUGCAGCUAUGGCCGAGAUGAAGACAAUGCUGGCGUUUCAACCUUUCUAAUCAAGAGUAAGGAUGCUGGUGACUCUGAAUGCGUGUCCAAAAUCCAAGAAAUAGUCUACAAUGGAAAUGGAUCCAAGUCCAAAUUGGAUCGACAACUUUCAUCCCAUGCUCAUUCGACAGCAACUUGUCCUGGAGUUCCCGAUGAAAUAUUCAUGGCCGAUCUGGGAAAGGAUGCUAUCAUUCAGUAUCAGCUCGAACCAGCCAUUGCAUCAGGAGGUAAAUCGGUCGUCAACUUGAAAGAAAGUGGCAAAUUAGGUGUCCCAUUGGGAUCUGGACCCAGAUCAUUGACAUUCCGCCCAAGCGCUAGUGACGCUGUCUUCUCCGAGAGGGGAGUCAUUGGGGUAGUCAGUUUGGAAAUCAAGGCGUCCCUCUUGCUGGUCCGCCGUCGAUCCCAUGACGGAUGCUUGGAAAUUUUACAACCGCCGGUUUCCGUUUUACCGGAAGCUUGGCCAAAAGACGAGAGCAUUGCCAAGUUCAACAAAGGUCGCUGGGCGUCCGACGUUGUCUGGUCUCCCUGUGGCAAGUUUGUGUUUGCUGCUGCCCGAUUACACAAUUCCAUUUCCAUUUUUGAACUGAAAAAUCGUAAGAAUGACGAUGGAGAAUCCGAAUUUUGUUUGGAACUCAAGGAGCGAGUCUCUACUGGAGGCCAAACUCCCCGUUGUUUGUGCAUGUCCCCUGAAGGAGACUUUCUUUUGAUUGCUCACCAACAUUCCCAUGAUAUUACCUGUUUCCAAAUUGAUAAUGAGAAUGGAAAGUUGACCUUGACAGACAAGUUGGAGCAUCCUUUGGCAGCUUGCCUGAAACUUAUUCCGGCCUAA